AUGAAUUCAUCAACUUCGUCGUUUUCCCUUCUCUCCAGGGUGGUCCUCACAACCACCAGAUUGGGGGCUCGCCGUGGCACUGAAACAGGUCUCGAUGCCUGGGUCAAGGCCUACGCCAAGCAGGUGAAGGCCAACGUCAGCAGUUGCAAGUUCUUGAUGGAGAAAAGGUACGGUAGAACAACAUCUCUGACGUUCAUCAAUAAGCACAAAUGCACGAUAGAAUUUGGAAUCUAUGAGAAAGCUCCAGGACAGCGAGGUAUGUUGUUGAUUUGGUUAUAUGUUGAUGACCUGAUCAUAACGGGAGACUCAGUGGAUGAGAUUGAAAAGUUUAAGAAGAGGAUGAAAGAAGAAUAUGAGAUGACUGAUCUGGGCAGCCUAAGUUACUUUUUGGGGAUGGAGUUCUUGCAGAAUGAAGAUGGAAUUUAUGGCAAAUCUGAGAUUUCUAGUCAAACUGAUGAGGAGAAAGUUGAUGCAACCUUGUAUAAACAGAUCAUAGGCUCAUUGAGAUAUAUUUGUAACAGCAGGCCAGAUAUAAGCUAUGGAGUUGUGCUGCUGAGUAGGUUUAUUAAUGAUCCCAGGCAGUCACACCUUGCUACUGCCAAACAUAUCUUACGCUAUUUGAAAGGAACGGCAGGUUUUGGACUGUUUUUUCCUAAGAAAUCUGACAGUAUAAAAGAAGCCUUGGAGGUAUGGUGUGAUUUCGACUGGUGUGGUGAUAAGGUUGACAGAAGGAGCACGUUUGGCUACCUGUUUAAGUACUUGGGUGCAACAGUUUCAUGGUGCUCCAGAAAGCAAGGCGUAGUUGUUCUAUCAUCCUGUGAAGCUGAAUAUAUUUCAGCUGUAGAAAUGGCCUGUUAG